AUGCCAUUACAAGGAAAAAUUGCUCUUGUUACUGGAGCAUCAAGAGGAAUAGGUCGAGGUAUAGCACUUCAGCUGGGAGAAGCUGGAGCUACAGUCUAUAUUACUGGUAGGCCUCCAAAGUUGUCACUGCAGUCUAAACAAGAAGACCUCCCAACAUUAGAAAAAACAGCAGAAGAAAUUAACAAACGUGGAGGGAAGGGCAUUGCUGUGUACUGUGAUCAUUCUAAGAUGGAUGAAGUGGAAAAACUCUUCCAGAAAAUCAGUGCAGAAACAGACGGAAGUCUUGAUAUUCUGGUCAAUAAUGCAUUCAGUGCAGUAACGGAUCAUGGGUUGCGGAGACUGUUGACUCGAACAACAGUCGUCUAG